ACUGCAAACCUGGGUUAGGAAGAAUAUUCUUACAAUGAGAAGAUGGCCAUUUUGCAUGGUGGGUGGUUAAUGAGGAAUCUGAUCAAUGUGUAAGAAUAAAUUGGCCCCUUAAAGAACAUUUCAUAACGUCCCCCCUUCACAUAAUAUUAUAUUUCACUAUUAGAUUGGAUUAUUAAGCUCACUUAGAGAAGUAUAUUGUAAAGUUUGAUAAGCAUGGAGGAAGUUGUAGGAAUGGAGGAAGUAGUAAGCAUGGAAGAACUUGUUAUGAAUGAAAUGGUGAAAGAGAUUAGUCUAAAAGAUAUCUCCAAGAAACUUGAAGAAUUUGCCCUAGAAAGAGACUGGGAGAAGUAUCAUAGUCCUAGAAAUUUGCUGCUUGCUAUGGUAGGGGAAGUUGGGGAGCUAUCGGAGAUAUUCCAAUGGAGAGGAGAGGUGGCGAGAGGUUUACCGAACUGGGAGGAAUCGGAUAAGGAGCAUCUAGGCGAAGAGUUAUCUGAUGUACUUCUAUACCUUAUCAGGUUGGCUGAUAUUUGUGGUAUUGAUCUUGCUGAUGCUGCUCUCAAAAAAAUGGUGAAAAAUGCUGUGAAGUACCCUGCCAAGAUGAACUGAUCAAGACCCAUAAAAGUUUGCUAAUGAUUUUGUUUAGGCUAUGCAAAAGAACCUUGUUUGGUAGAUUUGUUGGUGUUCUUUAUGCUUAUGAUGGUUGUGUUAAGUACCAUAAAUUGAUUUUGAUCUCCAUUUAUGGUUUUUCACACGAACGGUAAUAUUAAAGUUUUUGGUUUGGUUCGGCCUUAAAAUUUUAUAACUUGACCAUAUUGGAAAUCGUAAUUAAAAAAAAUAGGACCAACGUGGUUAAAGACUAGGACCAACGUAGUUAGACCAUAUACUCAAGUUGUGAUUUGGUCCUGUUUACCUUUUUGGCUUUCGGGUUUGAUUAAAUUUUGUUAAGCUAUAAUUGCUUCACUUUUAAACAUUCUUUGUAACUAGCUACUCUAAUAUUUAUUAUAUCUAUAGAGUUUGUCUUCAUGAA